ACACUCAGCCCCAGCUCAGUUCCAAUCGGCAAUCGGAGAGCGGGCGGAAAAGAAAGAAGCGCAGCGCAGAGUGUGUAAACAGCAGCCAAAUCACAUUUCUGCCUUGUUUUCGGGCCACAUCGUUCGCGAAAAGUGGCGAAUUUCGCAGAGGCCAGCGAGAAUGAGCCAUCGAAAAAUGCAGAAUGCAGAAUAAGGCUAAAAGUGCAGCCAGCUGAAAAAGAAGCGCACUGGCCCGUUCGUGUGUGUGUGUGCGCCUACGUCGCGGGUGUGUGCGUGUGUUUAGUGCUCAACAAAAAAAUAUUGCUCAAUGGCCCAAAAAAUGAAGAAAAACAGAAACAGCCAUACGAGAAAUAGCAAGUAGCUGAAAGCAGAUAGAAGAUAAAACAGCGUACGAAAAGAAAACAAUUUUCCAGCGCAGCGGAAAGGAAAACACGUGAAAAGUGCGGUGAAAGUGCAGAGCGAAAGAAAUCAAGUGAAAAGCAAAUGCAAAUAAAUGUUUUCGUUUUUUUUUUUCGCUCGCUUCGAGUUUAUUUUUGUGAAAGUCUUGUGCACUUCGUUCCCCACUCUCGCUUCUCCUUCUCAUCCGUCCCCACUGCAACAAUAAUAGAAUAGAGAGGUGCACCGAGGAAUUCUGGCUUUUUAGUGCUCUCACUGGCCUUUUGAAACAUGGCCUUCUUCCACAAGUCGCUGCCGCUGGCAGCCACGGGUAAGCAGAGCAUCCUUCGAUCCUUGAGAGCCGCGAGCAGCCUGGGCCAGAAUGCGGCCACCAAUGGCGAUGCCAUCGAUGCCAGCCUCGACGGGACUGCAGCCGACUGAAGUCCACUCGCACCAUCCGCACUCCCACUCCCACUCGCAUCCGCACCAGGUGCAUGCCACGCAGGCGAGUCAGCAGGACCGGAGCUCGCACAGCCACGCCAAGCUGCCCCCGCUGGAACUGCUGGUGGAGAACAAGAUAAGCUACAGCAGCAGCUACCAGUCGGAGAUCAAGACCAGCCAGAGGAGUCCCUCCCCCGACGAGCUCUGUGGGAGCGUCACUCGGGCGAGCAUCUUUGAUGACGCCGCCGAGAACUUCGUGAUCAACUUCCCCUCGGAGUCCAGCACAGCUCAGCAACUGCUGCCCCUGUCGGAGACGGUGCCCCUGCUCACCCACAUCGAGGCCACGGUGGUGGACAAGCAGCGCUCCAUCCGGCUGAACAAGAACAGCGCCUCCCUGAUCUUCACCAAGAAGGAGCUGUCCCAGAAUAACCACCCCCACAACCACAACCACCACCACCAUCCCGGCCAGCGAAGGCAGCACCACAGCAGCCUGUACGGAGGGGGCAGAAAGCCCACCAAGCACCUACCGCCCACCCGGGGACACCACCAGCGGCGGAGUCUACCGCUCAGCUACAACAACAACAAUCUGGUGACCACCGGCGGCUCAGGAGGAGGCGGCGGCGGCGUAGCAGGGGCAGCUGCGGCUGCUGGAGGCGGCGGUAAGCUAGUCCCGCUGAAGCAGCACCACGGAACCGCUGGCCACACGGCGCCACCCACGGCGAACGGAGGUGGAGGUGCCGUCAGUGUCGCGGCUCCGUCCGCUCGGAAGCAGCUCUCCUACUCCUGGUACGCUCCUGUCUACAGCGCCCUCGAGGAGGAGCUGGAGCAGGAUUCACGGGACUCCUCGCCCAUCCACAAUCUGGCCAACUCAAAGCAGCACCAGCGCUCCGCCAGCCAGAGGGCCGCCAGUGCCGCCUCCACCGCCCUGCAUGCCACGCCCCGCCACGCCCACGGCCACGAUUCCGGCGACGCGGAGACGGUUGCGCUGCUGGACCCGCAGGUGCGCAGCAAGGUCAUCAUUUCCCCGUCAAAUGGCGACGCAGGUGGCGGCGGAACUGGCGGUGUGGCGGGCGGCGGCACUGGAUCUGGCUCAACCACCACCGGAGGAGGAGGAGGAGGUGGUGGCGGCGGCGGCGGCAGCGGAGGGGGAGCAGGGGAACUGGAGAGCUCCCUGGGCCUGUCAGGCGCUGGCCAAAUGCCCCGCCGGCGGCGCUUCGAGAACUUCCUCAAGUCGCUGGUGGGCCUCAAGGCGAGCGGCGCCAGCAACCGCAGCAGUACGAGUGCCGCGCCCGAGCGGGAACGGGAGCAGCGGGAGCGUCCUGCCUCUCCGGAAAUACGGAUCACACGGACGCCGUCCGAGCAGGAUGUGGUGCUCCGGGACCCCGCCGGUCGGCAACUCAACCACCAGAAGCAGCAGCUAGCCAACGGGCGCCAGGGAAGGAGCAGCCUGAGCAUCAGCGGGUCGAGCAGCUCCCUGAACGUGGUGCAGCAGAAGCUGUGGCACGUGAUGCGGCGCGAGGGCAGCGCCAGCAGCCUGCACCAGGAGAAGUCGCAGUCGAUUGUCCAGUACACGGGCCUGCGCAAGUGCGAGACGGUCCUGGCCCUGACCCGCCAGAGUCAGGGUCAUGGUCAGGGCCAGGGCCUUGGCAUGAGUCAGAGCCGCAGCCAGGGCCACUCGCUGGCGGUGCACGGCGGCAGUGGCGUCUUCAGCUCCAGCGGCGUCGAGAUGAUCCGGCCGCUCAACCGCCUGAGGAACAGCAUCAGCAGCAUGAACGGCGUGGGCACCUGCUCGCGCUGCUCCAGCCUCCUGUCCCUGGCCGCCUCCGGGUCGCGGUACUCCCUGGCCAACGGCUUCGUGCCCCGGCCGGGCUCUGCCCUGGGAACGCCCGAGAUCCACGAGCCGCAUAUCAACGUGAACGCCCAGAUCCGACUCAGCGGGGGCAGCGGCAGUGGCACCGCCGCCAGUCCCAGUCCGCCGUCCAACGUCACAACCGCCACGCUGCACUCCAGCUCGGCCCACAACCUGACCCUCGACGAGCAGCCGGCGACGUCGGCCGGCACUCCCGCGACCUCGCCCACAGCCGGGCCGGACGAGCUGGGUCCCUUCGGCACCGACCACGCCUAUCCGCUCACCGUCACCUCGCUCCUGUCCAUGGCCAGUGCCAACCAGGCGGCCCAGGCCUGCUGCGUCCGGGACGGGAUCGCGCUGAAGCGGCGCGAAAUGCUCGCCUCGGCGGAGGUGACGCCCUCGGCCGGCACCCCGGCCACGCCCUCGGCCAACUUCCAGCCGUUCACCUGCAAGCUGUGCCUCCUCGACGUGGAGGACGCGGGCGAGGCGAUGUCGCUGCAGCAGUGUGGAUGUCAGUUCUGCGUGGAGUGCAUGCGCGCCUACGUGGAGUUUGAGAUCUCCGAGGGGGCCUACGAAAUCUCCUGCCCGGACGCCAAGUGCCCGGCCCAGGGCGCCAUUUCGCUGCCCGAGAUCGCCAACCUGACCACAACGAACCUGCUGAAGAAGCACCAUCGCUACCGUCUGAAUCGAGAAAUCGAAUUGGACAAGACGCGCACCUGGUGUCCGCGGGCUGGCUGCGAGACCAUCUGCAUGGUGGGGGCCCAGCCGGGACAAGCCAGCGCCAUUUGCCAAAUGGACGAGUCGCCGUCCACCUCGCAGAGCUACACGCCGCAGCAGGAGAGUGGAGGAGGCGGCGGCGGCAGCGGCAGCGGAGGAGCCGGUGAACAGGGCUCGGUGGCAGCAGUGCUCUCCAUUGCUGUGCACUGCCCCUCCUGCAAGGACGAGUUCUGCGCCCUCUGCAAGAAAGCGUAUCAUCCGAACAUUAGCUGCGACGAGUUCGGCCGCCGGCUGAUUGCCGAUGGCCAGGACGACAUCGGAAUCCCAUUCGACAACGAGCUCAUCAAGUGCUGCCCCAUGUGCGCGGUGCCCAUCGAGAAGGACGAGGGCUGUGCCCAGAUGAUGUGCAAGCGGUGCAAGCACGUCUUCUGCUGGUACUGCCUGGCCAGUUUGGAUGACGAUUUCCUGUUGCGCCACUACGACAAGGGUCCUUGCAAGAACAAGCUGGGCCACUCGCGGGCCUCCGUGGUGUGGCAUCGCGCCCAGGUGAUCGGGAUCUUCGCCGGCUUCGGCAUCCUGCUGCUGGUGGCCUCGCCCCUGCUGCUCCUGGCCGCGCCGUGCAUCAUCUGCUGCAAGUGCCGAGGAUGCAGUGGCUCCAAGAUCGAUGAGGUGGACGGCGACCUGGAGGAGGAGGUCACCGCCUUGCAGGGCUAGGAGUGGACCUUCGGGACACACCCUCUUUUAAGGACGACACUAGGCUAGACAGCUGCAGCCUGUAAAUGCAGCUGCUGUAAUUACUGGUAGAAUCUAUUGUUACCGCUGACGACGACAGCAGCUUACGUACAUUGAUUUUAGUUAUUAUUAUUAUAAUUGUAUAUGUGUUAACUAAAUUGUGAUAUUUACAGUGGUUCAAUUUCCAAUUGAAUCGACAAAUUUGUUGAGAACCUAUACAAAAACCAGACGCCUUCGAUUCUGUUUAGGUUCGGUCUCUGCAUAUAUUCUUUCCUCCACCCCUAUAUAGAUAUAUACGAGAUAUAUAUGUAUACAUUAACGAGAGUAACGAUAUAUUCGACUAAUUCAAUCUGUGUAAAAUCGAUUAGGUCAUCUUUUUAGCCCGUAAGCUAGUCUAAAUAUAUUAGGUGUACGCCUUGUAUUCAACAGUGCUUUUAUAUCGCACCCCACCCACAACCACACUCACCACAAUCUUUCUCUCAAGUAUUACACACGCAACUAACAGGCCCGGGAUCCGGGACCGGGCAUGGCGCCGAGUCCUGGCCCCUCGAUCAACUGCUUGGCAAUGCUUUUAUCUACACACCAGCAUACACCUUCGAGUACACCUGCACCUAUAGUGGGGUACACGACGUUGUCACUACUACUGUUUAUUGAAUGUAUUUAAUGUAAAUGUUAAUAAGCAGCUAAAACAAAUGUAACACAAGCCGAAGCUCCUUGCUGGGCGCCCGAUGGGGUGUCCUGCGAAGGCUGCUACUGGGUUUGAUUAAUGUAAAUUAUUGAAUUAUUUAAUGAAUACACUCAAAACAUAUAUCAAAAUACGUAUGUCAUAAAAAUACGUGUACAUUUAAAGAAACAUAUUUAAACUCUACUCUUAAUGUGAACAACUACCGCGUAUGCUGUUUGAAAUAAAAAUGUUAAAAGAA